AUGGCCGUCAGGGGAGGGGCGGCGGGGAGCCGCGCCGUCCGGGCGGGCCGCGCGGCGCGCGGCGCGCAGCCCCCGGCGGUGCCAAACGCCCAGAACCUGGAGAAUAAGCUCGAACGCCAGGCUGUCGCGGCUGCCUCACAGGGCGGAGACACGGAGUCGCCGCGCACGAUGGACUCGCCGUCUGUGGCUGAGACUGGAGAACGUGCUACGCAUACCUCCGAGCCUUCGCUCCCAGCGACUGAGAGCGGAGACACCGAGGGCGGAGACGGCAGUGCGGCGCACACGAAGCGGGAAGCGACCGCCUGCGGCUUCAGGGACGAGGCCCCCGCCACCGCUGCCGACAACCGGUCAGAAGGAGAGGGAGACCGCAGCGAGGAGGCGCCUCCGGGCUCGAGCCAAAAGGCGGGAUGGGUGGCAACGCCGGGCAAACUGACUGAAGACGAAAGCGAAGAAGAAGAAGACGCCCUUGCUGCCUUCGUCAAACGCAUGGGCGGCACAAAUGUGAUCCGACGAAUUCUUAUCGCAAACAACGGAAAUGCGGCCGUUCGGUGCAUCCGGAGUAUGCGCCACUGGGCCUAUGAAGCCCUAGGUGACAGCAAGGCGCUUGAAUUCGUCGUCAUGGCGACGGCAGACGAUAUCGAUGCAAAUGCGGAGUUCAUUGCGGAGGCCGACUUCUACGUUGAGGUCCCACCCGGGCCCAACUCGAACAACUACGCCAACCUACACCUCAUCGUCCAGACUGCGGAGACCUACGAGUGCGACGCCGUUUGGCCGGGCUGGGGGCAUGCGUCCGAAAACCACCGGUUGCCAGCGAUUCUGCGGAGUUUGAAGAGAAAGACGAUUUGGAUCGGCCCGAGUCCGCAAGCGAUGCUCGCGCUGGGAGACAAAAUUGGGUCGUCAAUCAUCGCGCAGUCGGUGAACGUCCCCUGCGUGCCUUGGUCAGGCAUGGACGUCACAGUGGAUCUCUCGCAGGUCGACCCCGCCAGAGGCCUCUCUCAACACACGCUGGACGCUGCCUGUGUGCAGUCCGCGAAAGAUGUGCUGGACUGCUGCGAGAAGAUCGGGUACCCGGUGAUGAUCAAGGCGAGCGAGGGGGGCGGCGGUAAGGGCAUCCGCCGCGUGGUGGCGGCGGAGGAAGUCGUGGACGCGUACCGGCAAGUUGUUAAUGAAGUCAAAGGCUCUCCUGUCUUCGUCAUGCGCAUGGUGUCCGAGUGCAGACAUCUCGAAGUUCAGCUGCUUGCGGACAGGUCGGGGCGCUGCGUCUCGCUCGGCAGCCGCGACUGUUCCAUCCAGCGCCGCUGCCAAAAAAUCAUCGAAGAAGGGCCUGUUGUUGCAGCCCCGCGCGAGGUCGUUCGGCAGAUGGAAGAGGCAGCGUGCCGCAUGGCCAUGGCGGUGGGCUACGAGAACGCUGGGACCUGCGAGUUUCUGUACGACCCGAAAUCUCAAGAGUUUUAUUUCCUCGAGGUGAACGCCAGAUUACAAGUCGAACACGUGGUCUCCGAGUGUGUGGGUGACUUCAAUCUGCCGGCCGCGCAACUGCAGGUUGCGAUGGGGAUUCUCUUGGAGGACAUUCCCGACAUCAAGGCCUACCUCGACGGCGCGGCGGCGCAGAAGCCGAUCGGGAACCACGUCAUUGCCUCGCGCAUCACCGCAGAAUAUGCCGAAGAAUCCUUCCGUCCCACCGUGGGACUGGUUCACGAACUGACGUUCCGGCCUUCGCGGUUCGUCUGGGGCUACUUCUCGAUUGGAAGCAAGGGUAACAUUCAUCCCUUCAACGACGCACAGUUCGGUCACCUCUUCGCGCAAGGCAAGGAUCGGCGAGAGGCCGUCAAGCAUAUGGUGCUGGCCCUCAAGGAUAUGACCAUCCGCGGAGAGCUGCGAACGAACGUCGAGGCACUCAUCAAGAUUCUUGAGCAUCCCGAUUUCAUGGCCAACGAGACGCACACGACGUGGCUCGAGCAGAAAGUGAAUUUCUCCAGCGACAGCAACGACGUGUCUCCAGUCCUGCUUCUCGGGGUCCUCCUCGCCGCUGUCUUCGAGUCCUACACGCACUUUCGAGAGUCUGAGGAGGAAUUUGUCAAGCGAGUCGAGCAGGGGCAGCUGCCACCUUCGAUUUCGGUUUCGUACGAGAGCUGUCUGGUGUACCGGGCAACCAAGUUCACGCUGCAGUGCACCUACGGCGGACAGAACACAGUCGUCGUGGCGCUGAACGACAGCAGCACUUCUGUGCACAUUCGCCGCAUCACGUCAGCGGGCGCCGGCGGCCCGGGCGCUGAGCAGCGCGACGGAGGCUUCCUCGUCCGCGGCGGCAUCGACGGCAAGAGCCGAAAAGUCUACUACAAGGAAGACAGCACCGGACUGCGCGUCAGCUUCGACGGAACUACUUACACCUUCACUAAGGAAAGCGACCCGACGCAGGUGCGCCCGCCCGUAAGCGGAAAACUGGUUCGCUGGCUCGUGGGCAACGAGCAGAACGUGGUGAAGGGGCAGUCGUACGCGGAGAUUGAAAUCAUGAAGAUGUAUAUGCAGCUGCACGUCGAAGAGAGUGGCAAGCUCAUGCAUGCCAUGUCCGAGGGAGCCGUAUUUCAGGCAGGUGAUUUGCUGGCGACGCUCGAGUUGCCUCCGGGGGUCGUCGUGCCGAAAGCCACGCCGUUCAAAGGAACGUUCCCUUCCUCGUCAGCGUUUUCCGCGUCGGAGGAGAGUGAAAAGGCGCGCGAGAGGCAGGCGAAGCUUGAGCAGCAGCGCGAGGCGCACCAGCGGCGCCAGCGCAUGCUGAACCCGCUGCCGGCCUACAGAUCCUGCCGCGAGCAGCUUAUGAACGCGCUGAACGGCUACCAGAUUCGUCAAGAAGACGAAGAUGAGGCCGUCGCCCGCUUCUUCGAGUGCAUCCUCAACCCCAUGCUACCCAUCUCUGAAGUCAAGGAGGUCCUCUCCGUCAUAGACUCUCAGCUUCCGGAGCCGCUGACAUCGCGCCUGCGCAGCAUUUUGGCGGACGCAGAGGCGCGGGCCGUAGCGGCCUUUGGCCUCGAAGAAGAAGAGCAGUACCGGCACCUCACGCCGCGCGCGUGCAGCUCGCAGGCGUCUCAGCGCUCGCCGUCGACUGCGCCGUCGAGGUGCGAGACGGCGAGAGGAAGUAGAGAGGAGGCGCGAGGGAGGGGCCUGCCCGGCGACGGCCGGCCUGCAGGCGAGGAGACGACGCCGGGGACGUCAGAGCGAGACGGUGCUCCAGUGCGCAAGGCGCCCCGACGGGAGAAGAGCCCUGCGAGCUCGGGAGAGCGGAAGACCAAAGGAGGGAAGGCAAAGUACCUCUCUCCUGCGCGUCUCUCGCCCUUCGUCUUCUCGCUGCCGCCCUUCGCUCUCGAGCUCCCUGUGGAGGAGUGCUUCGCCGCCAUCGAGGCGCAGCUUGCGCUGCAGGCGGGGCGGGUCCCCGUUGGAGCCCAAGGAGCCGGUGCGGCUGUCUCCGCCGGAGGAGACCCUAGGCCCGCCACGGCGGAGGCGAGACCGGACGCGGAGGACGCAGAGGCGGGAGGCAGCGAACACACCGCACCGUCCACGCCGGUCGUGGCUGCAGAGUAUGUCGGUGUGUCGGUGACGCGGGCGCAGUUGCAGCCUCUGUUUGAGUGCCUCAAAAAGUAUGAACGCGGCCUCAUCAUGGCCGCUGCGAAGGACAUCUCCCGAGUCCUCGAAAAGUAUCUCGAGGUCGAGGAACUCUUCGAAAACAGCCGCGAGAACGCUGCGAAGAGUAUUUCGAUGAAGAGGACGGAGGUUGACUCUGCUGCUUUGGCGUCCCUCCAAAGAAGCCACCAGGCGCUCAAAAGGAAAAAUCGCCUGCUCGGCCGCGUCUUUGAGUUCAUUCGGAAAUGCCCAGUUUGGCAAUCGCCGGUCUUUCUUCAGCGAUACAUGCGUUCGUACUCGCAUUUUAUGGAGUCCCUCCCGCACCUGCACGACUGCCUCCAGCGACUGUCGAGCUUGGGCGGCGGCUCGCCCGAAUAUGCAGGCGUGUCUCUGCCGGCACGGCAACUGAUGUUGAUCAAGCGACGCAAGCCGCUCGAGGAGCAAGUUCGCUACGUCGUCCACCGCAUCUCGCAUCUUUCGAACUCUGGAAUCUUCGGCUCCAGCCCAACCGCCGCCCCGGUCUCCUCCUCGACCUCCGCAGCGGCGGCGGCGGCAGCUGCUGCCGUCGCCGCCUCCGCCGCCGCCGCUGCAGCUGCCGCCGCCAGUGCCGCUGCAGCCGCGGCGAACGCCACUGCGGCGGGCUCGGGCCCCGGCGCAGGGGCCCUCGGCCACGGGCCCAUCGCGGGGGCAGGGCCCGGAGGGGCGUCCAGGGCCGGGGCCGGCGGCGCGACCGCGGGCGUGCAUUCGGUGGGCGCGUGCCGGAGCCGCCUCGCCGUUGCGGCGGCGGCCGCCGCGGCCGCGACGGCCGCAGUGGCGAACCUGAGCGGGCCGCCGUCGCCUGUUCUUCUGCCUGUCGGGCCCGGAGGUGGCGGCGCGGGGACGCCCAGGGUUGGCGGCCAGCCUUUGCGCCUUUCGGGUAGCGGGACGAGCCCCGUCGCCGGCGGCGGGUGUUUCUUCGGCAGUCUCGACGAGCUCCUUUGGGAUUUUCACGGCUGUCCCGACAACGUGCUGAUGUGUCUCUUCGUGCAUCCGAACGACGAACUCAAGCGCUUCGCCCUGCAGCUCUAUAUCAGCCGCCGCUAUGGGCGUCACGGGCUCCACGAGAUGCGGAUUCACACUGCUGGCGAGAUUUGGGAGGGCGCGUACGCGCUGUUGGACACGUUGAGCCAGGGCAAGACGCCGCCAGCGAUGCCGGCUUUGCCUUCCUCAGUGACGGACUUCUUGUCUGUUGGGCACGGGUGCUCGCCAGCGUCGAACGACGCUCACUUUCCUCCUCUUCUCAACCAUGUUCACUCGCACAGUCACGCCACGACGCACGCCCACAGCGGGACCCCGCUUUCGCUCGGGAAUUUGGACUCGGAAGGCGAAAACCCGGCGUUCCACCCGUCCUCGUCGCUCGACCCCUGGAACCUCUGGGGCGGGCCUGAGGUCUACGUGCAGCGCGCAAACCCGCUGCUGGCGGUGUGGACUCACCACGCGGCGCUGACGCAGGAAUUUCUCAGCGAGACCCUGGACCAAAUAAAACCCGCGCCUCCCUCCGUGAGCGGCGGCGUAGCGAGCCCUCCACCCGUGUCGAGAGCGGCGACAUCGGCCGCGGUGUCGACCGCCUGCCUCGCCGCCGCUCCAGAAGCCGAGAGAGGCGAUCUCAAGAACAUGGUUUCUGCCUGCGCAUGCGCUGGCGGCCCGGUGAGCGGCGCAGAUGGCGUGCGGCGGCCUUCAGCGGGGCUGCGCGACCACGACGAGGCAGUCCGCCGGGAGCCUUCAGAGCUCGCGGCGACGUUGUUUCGUCGGGUCUCUUCUAGCGCCGAUCUCGGGACUUUCCCGUUUGCAGCGUACGCGGCCUCUGGCAAAGAAAAGUGCCGCGAGCGCGCCCCAGGUCCCACGUCUUUCUUCUGCCACUCCAAGUCUUCUCUUUACUCUCCCUCCUCCGCGACGGCCGGGCCGCAGUCGGCGAGCGCGGCUUUCUCCGCGAGCGCCUUAGCGCCCAUGUCUUCUGGGCAGUCGCUGCCGGCUGGGCGCCCGUCUUCCUGCCCUGCGUCGUCGUCCAGCUCGGCGCUUUCUUGCUCGUCUGCGUCCGCCGCCUCUUCGGCGUGGUCUUCGGCAGCCGCCCGGCGCGUCUCUGCCUCGUCGUCAUUCUCCUUGUCCCCGACUGAGCGGAGCGAGGGGCGACCCUUCGAAGACGCCGAGGGCGUCGACGGGGGCGAAGUCUGGGAGGCACUGGGCAGCGCCAGCAAGAGCCGCCUCCGCCAUAUUUUGACUUGCUUCGGCGGCGGCGAGAACGACGAGACCGGACGCAUCGCGCGCUCGCAGCAGACCGUCGCGAUGGUCUUCGACGGCAUCCAAACGCUUGAAAACGACUUCGGCGAUCGCCUGCUCGAAUACCGGCGCAUCAGCCGCGCGAUGCCGCCACCGCCGCCAACGGUCGACGGAAAGAUUUUGCAGCUUUUCAUCCUCGACAUCGCAGACCCCUCGAAUGCGGCUGCGAAUAAAGAGGCCCAGUGUUGUGCGGUGAUUGGGCACCUGCUGAACGAGACGGCGUCAAUCCUGCAGAGUUGCAACCUGAAUUUGGUCGCCGUCGUGCUGUUGUCUUCUUCGUCCCCGGUCUUCCCCUCUGCGGCGCGCACCGGCUCCGCGUCGUAUUCGCCGGCUUCUCCGUCCGCUGCGGGGGUCUCGGCUGGGGCCUGCGUGUCUCAGCCAGCGCCUCCUGCGGUGAUUUCGGACUCACUGGUCGACGGAGGCUUUGGCAGCAGUGCCGCGAUCCCGUCGUUGCCCGCACGGUCCGCGGGCCUGUCGGACUUUCUGCGGGCGCACUUCUCGGAGAGCCCCGACGAGAAUUCGAGCGAGACUGAGACGCCGCGAUUCUUCUACUUCCGCAAUGUCUACCGCCUGCCCACUCCUGCCGUCCUCGCCGCCUCUGCCGCCUGCAGGCAUCUCUCUGUCUCGCAGUCGCCGAGCCGUCCGAACUCGACGAGCUCGACCCCGUCGCGGUCCUCGUCCCCUGCCCCCCCGGAGCGCAGCCGCGCCGCCGGUGAAGACGGGAAAGCUCGACUUGAGUCCGCAGUAGCGGCGUCCACUGCCCUCCCCGCGUUGCCUCCGGUGCCCUUGGGUUCCUCGCAGGCCCCGUCUGUGGGGUCGUCCUCUUCGGGAGCUCUUCACGAGGAGGAGUCGCGGGCGGGAGGCGCGCACGAAGGCCACGCUGCGGGCGGCGAGAUGGUCGCCGCCUGCCGCGCGGCCCCGGCGCGUCCGCCGCCGAGCUCGCUCGCGACGCUUUCGCGUUCCUCCUCGGUUGUCGUCCCCACGUUGCGGUGUUUUGAGGAGGAAGACUUGAUCAGGAACACUUCGCACGCGCAGUUCGGGCUGCUCGAGCUCUCGCGCUUCCUGCCCCACUUCCAGGUGCGGCUCAUCCCGACUUCUGUCCCCGACGUCCACGUCUUCAAAGCUGUUCCCAAGGCCACCGGCGCCGCCCCGUGCCCCGGGCUCCCGACCGCGGUCCCCGGCGGGGCGAGUCGCGCGGGCCCGCCGGUGCCCAAGCCCGCUCGCGGCGCCGCGGCAGCCGGUGAGAUCCGCAGCACGUCCGGCGGCCACGCGGGGCGGGAGACGCCUCUCCUUGGAAGCGAGAAGGAGAAAAAGCCUGCACCGACGACGGAGGCCAGCGGGACAAGGCCCUCGGCGUCGCAUCAGAGUCGCGCGGGGGGCGGGAGUCGGUAUUUCGUGCGCGUCCUGGUCACAGUCUUGACGGGACACUCGUGGGCGGCCCAGAAGAGCAUGGGAGGGGCAGCCGGCGGGGCGGGCAAAGGCCUGCGGGAGCGUGAGGCUGUGGAGAAGGACGACCUCGACGAUAUUCUCUCGGAGCAAGAGCGGCGCUUCGUCUGCGGUCUGAACGCGCUCGAAGUGGCCUGCAAGUCCGGUGACGUCGACGCGAUGGCGGGGAACCACCUUCUCUUGUCGACCUCGAUUCUCUUCCCGGCCUCGGCAGGCGCCCCCGCGGGAUGCAUCGGCCUCAGCAGAAGCAGCUGCUCGGCUGCCUCGGGCGCCGGCGCGGCCACAGGCGAAGGGACUGGAGCCCAAAUGUGCAGCGGCGCGCCGACCGCGGUCGUCCAUCGCGUGUCGCCUGGAGCCCUCGAAGCGGCCGCGCGGAAGUUGAUGAACCAGUACGAGCGCCGCCUCGCGAAAAUGAACGUAAAGAAAGUCGAGCUCCGAUACAUGCAGAGAGGCAUCGCAGGAAGCGAGUGCCCCUGCGUGCCCUUCCGGCUGGUCGUUGACAAUCCAACGGGGCAGUCGCUGCGGAUUCGCAAGUUCCUCGAAGUCACAAACCCGACUACGGGCGAACAGGUCUUCUCUGCGCUUGACAACCGCGGCGCAUUCUCGCUGAGCGGCGCAAGCUCGGGAGUCUCCUCUCUCUACUCCUCGCUCCCUUCCUUCUCCUGCCGCGGCGCGGCCUCCACAGCUGCAUUCUGCGGGGCUCCGCGGCACAUCUCCUCCGUGAAACUGGGCGACGACAGCGACUUCGACGGCCGCCCAGUUAACGUGCCGCAUCCGCUCCCGAGUGCGCUCGACGUGCGGCGCGCCCAAGCCUUCACCGUCUCCACGGUGUUUAUCUACGACUUCCUGGAUCUCUUCGAAGAGGCGAUUCGGAAGCAGUGGCGGACGUGCCCUAAGUAUUUCCUCCCCGCGCUGGUUGAAAACAACGCCUCGGUGGGCGGCAGUCGCGGCACUCCCGGAUACAGCCCGAACGCGGACAGCAGCACGGCAAACUCGUUUCAUCCUGAGAGAGUGUUUGAAGCGACGGAGCUGAGGCUGACGCGGAAGGGCGAGCUGGAAGAAGUUCAGCGCGAAAAGGGACUUAACGAGUGCGGCAUGGUGGCCUGGCGCGUGACCAUGUACACGCCCGAGUUCCCCAAGGGCCGGCGUGUGAUUUUGAUAGGGAAUGACGUAACGUAUCAAAUGGGGACCUUCGGCGUGACCGAGGAUCUCCUCUUUCAGCGCGCGUCUGAAAUCGCGCGAAAAGAGGGCAUCCCCCGCAUCUACAUCGCGGUGAACAGUGGCGCGCGUAUGGGCCUGGCGAACGAAGUCCUUAAGCUCUUCCGCGUGGAGUGGAUCGAUGAGGCGCAGCCGCACCGGGGCUUCAAAUACCUCUACGUCACAGAAAAAGAUUACCAGCAGCUGAUGCAGACUGACUCCAUCGUCGCCGAACCGGUUCAGCACCCGGUCGAGGGAAAGGUCUACAAAAUCACGACGAUUGUCGGCGCCCAGAUCGGCCUCGGCGUGGAGAACCUCUGCGGAAGCGGUGCGAUCGCGGGAGAGACGGCGAGGGCGUACAAAAGCACCUUCACGAUUACGUUCUGCUCAGGCCGCUCCGUCGGGAUCGGCGCCUACUUGACGCGCCUUGGCCAGCGUGUGAUUCAGAAAUCGGUGAACGCGCCGCUGUUGCUCACGGGCUAUCAGGCGCUCAAUCGUUUGAUUGGUCGGGACGUCUACUCUUCGAACGACGAGAUCGGCGGCAUCGACGUCAUGCACAAGAAUGGCAUAACCCAUCUAACUGUCAAAGACGACAUCGAGGGCUGCGAGGCGAUUCUCGACUGGCUGUCGUACGUGCCGGAGCACCGCGAAGGCCCGUUGCCCAUCAUGGUGGAUCCAACAGACCCGGUCUCGAGGCCAGUCGCCUACAAGCCUGCGCGCGCCACUGAGGACCCGCGCUUGAUGUUUACGGGGUGCAUCGAUCCGCAGGGGUCGUGGCUGGGCGGCGUCUUCGACAGAGGCUCGUAUCGAGAAGCGAUGGCGGACUGGGCGCGGUCGGUUAUUAUAGGGCGUGCGCGUCUCGGCGGAAUUCCCGUCGGCAUCGUCGCCGUUGAGACCCGCGUAACAGAGGCCAAACAGCCGGCGGAUCCCGCGAUGCCGCACACGUCGGAGAUUCUCCUCACCCGCGCAGGUCAAGUCUGGUUUCCCGACAGCGCGUACAAAACGGCGCAGGCGAUCUGGGACUUCAACCAGGAGGAGCUGCCGCUCUUCAUUUUCGCGAACUGGCGCGGCUUCUCAGGCGGCCAGCGGGACAUGUUCAACGAGGUGCUGAAGUUCGGAGCCUACAUCGUCGACGCGCUUGUGGGCUACAAGCAGCCCUGCUUCGUUUACAUUCCUCCAAAAGGGGAGCUGCGCGGAGGCUCGUGGGUGGUAGUAGACAGCCGCUUGAACGCAGAGCACAUGGAGAUGUACGCAGACAUCGAGAGUCGCGGAGGAGUGAUGGAGCCCAGCGGCACGGUCGAGAUCAAAUUCCGCGACAAAAUGCUCAUCGAGACCAUGCGGCGCCUCGAUCGCGUGACGAAGCAGCUCGAACAGGAAGAUGCGCUGCUGGCCAGUGAAGGCCUUCCCAUCGACGACCCACGUCGCCAGGAGAUCAAGGAGAAGAAGGAGAAACGGAUCCAAGAUCUUUUGCCGGUCUACAAGCAGGUGGCUAUCCACUUUGCUGACAUGCAUGACACGGCCAUUCGUAUGAAGAAGCGCGACGCGGUGCACGACGUCGUCACUUGGGAGAAGAGCAGGAAUUACUUUUAUUGGCGCCUGCGCAGGCAGCUGAUUCUCUUCAAUCUGCGGAAGGAAAUCACGAUAGCUGAUCCGACGUUGAGUCUCAUUCAGGCGCAGAACCUCGUGUUCAAGUGGGCCGAUGAGGCAGGGCACAACGUCGAAGGGAACUACCAAUUUGUCCAGUGGGCCUGCCACAGCAUCUCUUUCUUUGCGGGCAAACUCGCGGCCCUUCGCGCGGCACACCAAAUGCGGAAUCUCCAGAGCUUCGCACACGAUAACCCGACGGCAUUCUUGGAAAUUCUUCGGCGCCUAGAUCCAAACCUUUACCGCCAUCUCGAGCUUGUUGGAGCGGUUUCCGAGCAAACGCAAAACAGCACCAGCACGCAGAGGUCGAUGGCCGCGCUCUCUUUGAUUACAAAGCCAAAUGCCCCAGGGGAAAGCUCGAGUGAGGCUGCGGAUAUCCUUCCAGCGAGUCACCUUCACUGA